AUGCUCCGUAGACAACCCACCAAGAUCACUCUGGUCCAAGACGACAUUGCUGCUUAUGAUGCCAAUAAACUUAGGAAGGAUCAGGAAAAGAACCAGCAGCAGCGUGCAGACCUCAAUGCUUUUGGCAACCCGCACUUCGACCCUUCGAAAGGCUCACGAAAGGACACAAGGACCAAGGAACAGAGACUUGUGAUCAUGGCGCGGUUGCGAUUAUUCCCUCUUUUGGCUUGUGUCACUCUCUUGUUGUGUUCGUUCUCUUCGACUUUCGUUCAUGCACAAUCGGCCAAUGAAGCUCCACUUCAUACUGCAAAUCAUGUAAAACGCUAUGGCUCAGGGGCUCCCUACUGGAUGUCCGAAAUCACCAGGCAAGGCAAAGUUGUAUAUGGCACAAACUCUUCAUAUGUCGUCUGGAGAAAUGUCAUGGACUACGGUGCUAAAGGUCGGUUUGAGGAAGUCCAUUGCAACCAACAUCCAUUUAACAGACUACANGGCGAUGGCAUCACUGAUGAUACCGAUGCUAUCAACAACGCUACGUACGAUGGCAACAGAUGUGCCUACCCAUGUGAUUCGCAGACCACCGCUCCAGCCAUUGUGUACUUCCCUCCCGGCACAUAUGCUAUCAGCCGACCACUCGUUAUGCUCUACUACACCCAGUUCAUCGGAGAUGCCAACAAUCUUCCUGUCAUUCUGGGUCUUCCGAACUUCUACGGUAUCGCUUUACUCGAUUCAGAUCCUUAUCUGGCUUUUGGAUUCAGUUGGUGGGCCAACCAGAACAACAUGUGGCGCCAAGUUCGCAAUUUCGUUCUGGAUAUUCGCCAGAUNCCCCCUGGUGUGGCUCAUUGCUUGCAUUGGCAGGUCGCUCAAGGAACAUCGUUGCAGAAUAUUGUUUUUGAGAUGACCGAGGGUGGUGAUGACAAUGAGCAGAUGAAUUGGAACUGGCUGUUUUCCUACAAGGAUGUUGUCAUCAACAACGCUCGAGUUGGUAUCAACAUGACGCAAGGUGGUGAUAUUCCCACUACCGGUUCUAUUACCCUACAGGAUGCGACCAUGAACAACGUCCAGAUUGGCGUUUCCACGACCUUCUCCACCAACUCAACACCCGCAUCCGCCGGCACUUUCGUCUUGGACAAUGUAAACUUUGUCGACACUCCCAUUGCAGUUCAGCACUCUCCUAGCAAUAAUAUCCUCCUCGAAGGAAAUCAGAGAGUUGCUUCGUGGGCUCAAGGCAGAGUCUACACCGCGUAUGAAUCUAGCUACGAAGAGAACAACAUGACUUGUUAUGGGCCCGCAGCCAACUACGCUCGUGUGCAACAGACUGUCGACCCUGCACCCAAGUCUCCAUCUCUCUUAAACGCCGAUGGAUCGUUCUUCACACGUUCGAGACCUCAGUAUGAAGGUGUUCCUGUUGAGGGCUUCAAAUCGAUCAAAUCUUACGGAUGUGCGGGCGAUGGUGUCACUGAUGACACUGCAUGUGUGCAAAGCUUCCUGGAUUCAAUUACGCCCGAUCAAAUCGCCUACAUCGACUACGGCGCCUAUGUCAUUAGAGAUACUAUCAACUUCCCCAUUCCGAUCAGGGUUCAAGGCGAGCUAUGGCCUUACUUCAUGGUGGAUGGCACUGCGCCCAAGUUUAGCGAUAGAAACAACCCCCAAGCAGCAUUCCGUGUCGGUGAGCCGGGUCAAGUUGGUGAUAUUGAACUUGUGGAGAUCAUAUUCCAAACUUUGGGUGCCGCUCCUGGUGCAAUCAUAAUGGAAUGGAACCUCGCACAAUCGUCACAAGGUUCUGCUGGCAUGUGGGAUGUCCAUUGGCGUAUCGGAGGUACUAAUGGUACCGAACUGCAAUCGACCAACUGUGCUAAGACACCCAAUACCCCGAUUACACCCAAUCCUGAAUGUUACGGUGCCUUCUUGCUCCUGCACAUCACAAGGUCGGCAUCUAUAUUUCCAGAUCAUAACCAAAUCAACAUCUACAACGGCCGUGGAGUCUUGGUCGAAAGUCAAGGUCCUGUGUGGAUGUUAGGCACGUCGUUCGAGCAUAGCAUGCUUUACAACUAUCAGAUCUCUGGAGCGAAAGAGAUUUAUAUCAGUGCUCUCCAGACGGAGACUGCCUGGAACGAUCCAACCUUCUCUGACUGCUUCACUUCUAAUUGCCCCAAGACCUGGGGCUGCCGCAUUUUCAACAGCACAUACAUCUUUGUCUAUGGCGCUGGAAUGUACUCCUUCUUCAACAACUACGACUCUGGAUGCUUGGCGACGACCAAUUGUCAGCAGAAGAUGGUGAGCGUCGAGCAGAGCCAAGGCAUCUAUAUGUAUGCGGUCAACACGGUGGGCUCUGCGAACCUGGUAACAGUUGAUGAGGUAGAUCUCGUGCCCGCGAUCGCGAACGGCAAUGGCUUUGCGGACACUGUGGCGAUAUUUGAGUAUCCCUGA